AUGACCGGCUCGUUGAACACCUUCCAUGACUGCGCGAAGAAGGCUGAGAGUUCUAAAACCACCAAGAGACGCCUGUCUCUUGAAACUCUUGAGCUAAUACGCCAGCGUGCAGCAGCACGAGCGGCAGGGAACCAAGAACUCACGUCCGAGCUCGCAAGGCUUUGCAGAGAGGCGAUAAAGGAAGACCUUAAAGAGAGAAGAGCAGAAGUGCUGGCUGAGGCUGCAGAGGCGGAGAAAAGCAUCCGCUAUGCCCGUCGAGACUUCGCCAGUCGCAAGACGAGGAUGACUGCUCUCCGGAACCAACCAAUCCACUUGCCUCCUCACCAUCUGAGGGAAGACGGACAUAUCAUUCCAGAGGUUCUCCCGUCCGAAAUACGACAUGUUAUUACGUCGGUAAGAAAUCGUACGGCACCCAGUCCCGACAGGAUAAAACCAGAACAACUGAAGAACCUUCCGCCCGUACUCAACAACACCCUGGCGAGGUUCUUUACACGCUACCUGUCGGAAUGCAAGGUUCCUAAACAAUGGAAAACCAGCAAGACCGUGUUGUUGCAUAAAAAUAGAGAUCCACAUGACAUCGACAACUAUCGCCUAAUCUGCUUACUGUCCGUCAUCUACAAGCUCUUUACAAGAGUGAUCCUUAAUGGGAGUGAAAAAGUCUUGGAUGAAGGACAGCCAUGCGAGCAAGCAGAGUUCCGAAAAGGAUACAUCACGAGUUUACAUUCAUUCAUUCAUUCACAGUGUUUCAAAAUUCAUCGAGGUAUCACGAGAGUACAAGAUGCCGCUCUGUCUCACCUUCAUCGACUUAAAGAAGGCCUUCGACUCAGUUGA